AUGGCUACGUCUAAUCCAAAUUUAGACAAAAGUCCAUCGGCAUUAUUACGUAAUAAUGUUCGACAACUUAAAGAAAAAACUGAAAAAUUAAAAACUGAUGCAAAAGAAGCUGUUCGACGUAUGCCGAUUGUUCUUACUGAACAACAAUUAAAACGUUUAAAAGAACAUAAAUAUGCAUCCGAAGGUAUAACAUUAUUUGAUCCAUUUAUGCAAGAAUUUUGGAAAUGGCUUGUUGAAUUUUGUCCAUUAUGGGCUGCACCAAAUCUUAUAACUAUUGUUGGAUUAGCAUUAAAUAUUGGUACAAGUGUUUUACUUAUGAUAGAAACAAAUGGUGCCAAAGAACAGUGUUCGCGAUGGAUAUAUUUUUUAACGGCGUUGGGUCUUUUUCUCUAUCAAUCUCUUGAUGCGAUUGAUGGUAAACAAGCACGUCGAACGAAUUCCCAGUCUCCAUUAGGAGAACUUUUUGAUCAUGGUUGUGAUUCAGUAUCAGCUGUAUUUGUUACAAUUGCGUGUUGUUGUGCUUGUCAACUUGGUGUUUAUCCAUGGCUUAUGUUUCUUGCGUGUAUGUGUUCAUUUUUUGCCUUUUAUGCUGCUCAUUGGCAAACUUAUGUUUCGGGCAAACUUAAAUUUGGAAAACUUGAUUGUACUGAAGCACAAUUUUCAUUUAUUGGUAUUUAUAUGAUAAGUACAGUAUCAGCAGCAUUCUGGUCUAAAUCGAUACCUUAUUUACAAAUUGAAUUUCGUAUAUUAGUUGCUCUAUUAAUGAUUGGUUCUACAGCAUGGAGUUCAUUUAAUAAUCUUCGUUUAGUUUCACAAGGUGGUUGUGGACGUAAUUUUUCAUCUGUAGCUGGUACAAGUAUUAUUUUUCCAGCUUGGCCAAUUGGAAUUUUAUGUUUUCUUGCUACUGUUGCUUCCAAUUAUUCAACAUCGCAUGUACUCGAAGAACAUACAUCUCUUCAUUUACUUUGUUAUGGUCUUGUCUUUUCAAAAAUUACAAAUCGUUUAAUUGUAGCACAUAUGUCAAGAAGUCCACUUAAUGCAUGGGAUUCAUCUUAUGUUGGACCAUUGGCUGUUUGUAUCAAUCAAUAUUUUAAUUUAUUGAUUAGUGAACAUGUUUUUCUUUGGUUUUUUCUACUUUACAGUUUAUAUGAUCUUCUUCGAUACAAUAUUAAAGUCUGUCAAGAACUUUGCGAUUUCUUAGAUAUUCAUUGUUUUCGAAUCAAGCCACCAACAACACCAACAACUGAUCAACAUCAUUAA